CGGGCGGGCGGGCACCUCCACAGCUCUCCAGCCAGCACCUGCGCUGGCAGAAUCAGCAUCAUCCACCUAUCCCCAUCAAUCACUCAGCAGCAGCAGCAGCAGCACCCUUCUCCGCCACUCCUCCCGCAACGAAACGCCCACGAUCAAAUCUCCCCCUCCACCCACCCCCCCUGGCGCUGCAUCAUCGCGACGAGCCACAUCACGCCGGGCGGCUCCUCCAACCUCGAGCUCAAUCUGCACCGGCUGGCUUAGCCACUGCUUCGAACCCCCACGAUCCUCUGUGUCCCCUUUGGUGUCGUCGUAGCCAUCUCUCUUUCUCUCUCCCCGUCCCCGUCUCCCUGCUUCGCUGCUGCCCCACCGAUCGAAUCGCGACUCUAUCCGGGCGUGAUCGCAACGUCAUCUCUCUCGCCCGUCGUCUUCUGUCCCCGUCCCUCGACCGCAGCGCCCCGACAGCGGCUUAAUACAUCAUGGACACCAACAUGGAGGACGUCGGAAGGGCACCCGCCGACGUGUCGCCCGUCCAGAACGAGCCCGCCUCGAUCCCCACACUCGACGGCUGGAUCGAGAGCUUGAUGAACUGCAAACAGCUGGCAGAGGCCGACGUCCAGAGACUUUGCGAUAAGGCACGCGAGGUUCUGCAAGAGGAGUCCAAUGUGCAGCCCGUGAAAUGUCCCGUCACCGUCUGCGGCGACAUCCACGGUCAGUUCCACGACCUGAUGGAGCUCUUCAAGAUUGGUGGUCCCAACCCAGACACCAACUACCUCUUCAUGGGUGACUACGUCGACAGAGGCUACUACUCGGUCGAGACGGUCACCCUCCUCGUCGCUCUCAAGAUCCGAUACCCCCAACGCAUCACCAUCCUCCGAGGAAACCACGAAUCCCGGCAAAUCACGCAGGUCUACGGCUUCUACGACGAGUGCCUGCGCAAGUACGGAAACGCAAACGUGUGGAAAUACUUCACUGACCUCUUCGACUACCUGCCACUCACCGCCCUCAUCGACAACCAGAUCUUCUGCCUACACGGCGGCCUGUCGCCCAGCAUCGACACGCUCGACAACAUCCGCGCCCUUGACCGCAUCCAGGAGGUCCCUCACGAAGGCCCCAUGUGCGACCUGCUGUGGUCCGAUCCCGACGACCGUUGCGGCUGGGGUAUCUCACCCCGUGGUGCGGGCUACACGUUUGGCCAGGACAUCUCGGAGGCGUUCAACCACAACAACGGUCUGACAUUGAUUGCCAGGGCGCAUCAGCUCGUCAUGGAGGGCUACAACUGGUCCCAGGAUCGCAACGUGGUGACCAUCUUCUCUGCUCCCAACUACUGCUACCGGUGCGGUAACCAAGCCGCCAUCAUGGAGAUUGACGAGCACCUGAAAUACACCUUCCUGCAAUUUGACCCCUGCCCGAGAGCGGGCGAACCCAUGGUCUCCAGACGAACGCCGGAUUACUUCCUCUAAUCGUGCACGACCUUGCAUGUUCGGACAGAUCUCGAGGCAUACGCUGCGACGGCACGGCGUCAAGGACGACUCCAGAACUGUGUACGACUAAUCUUGACAACAGUACAGAGGACACAGAAGACAACAGAUGCGAGUCUACGUGCGUUGUGGGCGGAGGCGGGGACAUGUGAGACUGGGUCUAGAAGGUGGGCGAAUUCCUGGCUUUGGCGACGCAUAACAUAGAGUCUGCGAGGCAGGAAGACAAACAAGAAAAAAAAUGUUGCGAGUACAUGGAUUCAUUGCUAAAUUUCUGAUGAAACCCUUUUGUUUGCGAUGGCUGAUGGGUUGGUCGUGACUCUUCAUUACUCGGGGUGACAGGUGAGGCUGUUGCAGUAUUACUUUGAAUGGCUUGUGCUUACGACUGAGAAUGUUUUCGCUAAAUUACCCCUAGAUACAAGGGAG